AUGGAACCCCAGGUCCAGAGACCCCUCCCUGAAGACUGUCAGAUAGCUAUUAACCAAGUGGCAUCUUAUGAGCUCCAUAUCAGCGAUGCUUAUUCAUCCAUGGCCUGUUACUACAAUGAAGAGAUGGGAAUACCUCCUUUUGCCAAAUUCUUCCGGGAGCAGGCUGAUGUGAAGAGGGAACAUGCAAAGCAGCUCCUAAGAUAUCUAAGAAAACAUGAGGGUAUCGUCUGCCUUCCAGUUAUUAAGAGGCCUGAUAUAGAUAACAGGGGAAGUGGCAUACAAGCCCUAGAGUCUGCUCUGCAGUUGGAGAACAUGUUAAGCAAGGCCCUGCAAAACUUGAAGAUCCUGGUUUGUGAGAAAAGUGAAAUUAAUCUCUCAGGCUUCGUGAGAGAAUUUCUGGAUAAACAGAUGAAGAACAUAGAGUAUCUGGAAUACCAUCUUGUCUAUCAGAAGGAAUUAGAAGAGCUGGUUCAGCAGGAAGCCCUGUUUGUAAAGCCUGCUGCCAAGUCAGAUGAAUAA